AUGGCCUGGCCGGAGAUUGAUCGCGUGGUGCUGCCCAACGGGCGAGAGAUCACCGUUUGUCUACCUCACCAGAUGGUUACCUGUGGAAAAUGCUGUCUCGAUUUUAGCUUCGACUGCGAUGAUGAGGACGAGGACGAGGAUGACGAGGACGAGGAUGACGAGGACGACGAACUCUUUGGCUACGACUUCAACUCUCACGUGCCUAGGGAUGUCAGCUUCGACCAGGUUGCGAAGAGCCGAUACGGCCGUCCUGAGCGAGUUGCUGCGGGCGGAUCCCAGAGUCCAUCAGCGUCCUUCCGGCCUACUUGGGCCGAAGACCUGGACGAAGACACCGAUGAUGAUAUGCUGCCCCUCGUCGACGGUACGCCACCCAGGGAGGUCAAGCGUUUCCUCAUCGGCGCCUGUUUGCCCUCGAAUAGCUUCACGAACAAGUCCGCCGCCGUCGCCGCCCCCGAAGCAACUCCGCAGCCCGCCCCCGUCCUCCAGCCGACGCCAUCCGACCCUCUCUGCGAGAGAAUGGAGUUCUCCGGCACCCUGUUCCCCACCAAAUUCGGCCAGCGCAAGAAGAAGACGCCCCUCUCGCCCGAGGACCUCUUCCCUUCGGGCCGCUGCAUGAGGCUCUCCCCCCCGGUCCUCCGCUUUAUCAACCGCUACGACACCUCCGAGGCCCUAAUCUACACCGACGGCGCCUGCUUCAACAACGGCAGCGCCGACGCCACCGCCCGCGGCGGCUCCGCCUUCAUCUUCAAGCCUGUCUACGCAAACGACCAGAGUGGCCGCGUGGCUUUUAAGCUCGAGGACCAAGGGCCGGACGGCAAGACGUACCGCCACACGAGCAACCGCGCCGAGCUGCGCGCCGCCGUCGCGGCGCUGCGGUACAGGGCGUGGUCGGCGGAAGGGUUCAGGAGCAUCGUCAUCGCUACGGACUCGACGUACGUCGUCAACGGCGCCACGGACUGGGCGCGCGCGUGGGUGAGGAAGGGGUGGCGUCUCAGCAGCACCGGCAAGCCCGUCAAGAAUCGGGACCUGUGGGAGGCACUUUUGCUCAACGUCGAGAGGCUCCACGACAAGGGCGUCAAGGUUCGUUUUUGGUGGAUCCCGCGCAAGUUCAACCAUGAGGCCGACAGGGCUGCCAAGGGUGCGGCCUCUAUCCUCGCGCCAAAGAUUGAGUUUGGCGACUUGAUUGGGCAUCGUGUUUGA